UAUUAAAACAACAGAAAACGGAAAACAGGACUUACAAAAUAACAGCACAGAGCAAAUAAUUCCUCUAAAUAAAUGAGUUUUACACUGAAAUAUAUUAAUUAUAUUUUCUAAAAAAAGAUAAGUAAAAGAUUUUAAUGUAAAAAUGACUGAGAAAAUAGGUACAAGACACGUUAAAAUAAAAUAAUAGCGUGUUUUAUUUUAUUCUGAGAUAAUAAACCGGAUGUGUCUCUACUGCAGACCGUGAGUUUGACGCAGGCGCAGUGAGCGUGAACCUGCCGCAGAAUAAAACCGAACAAAAACCAAGACCGGGACUAAACCAGGACUAAACCAGGUCUAAACCAGGACUCAACCAGGACUCAACCAGGACUCAACCAGGACCAGACCCGGAGCCGAGGUUUGACCCGAUCUAACCCGGAGACACGAUGCAGAGCAGUGAGUUCGACUCCUUCCUGUUCUGGAGGCAGCCAAUCGCGGCACUGGAUUUGGGCGAACUGUGUGAGCUGGGCCUGACGGACAGCGAGCCGACCAAUGAGAGCGCAGAGGAGGCGGGACUAGAUGAGGACCAGGAGCUUCAGGAGUUCUCGGCGUUUCAUUUCUGGCGAGCUCCUCUGGUCAGUGUCGACGCUCUGAUCCACGACCUGGAGCUGCUGCUGUGAGGGCGCGACCUCUGACCCCUGUGUGACCCCGCCCCCCCGCCUGCCCCGCCCCUGACCCCGAGACCCCGACGCCCCAACGCCCCAACGCGAGUCCCGCCGGCGGAUCUGACCCGGAUCUGGACCUGGAAGCAGAUCUGCGUCACAAACAGGAAGUGCAGGUUCAUGUGGAGUUUCCCCUGAACUCGAGUCAAACGCUCAGGAGAAACUCUGACGGAAACGAAACGGAAACGAAACGGAAACGGAAACGGAAACGAAACAGAAACAGAAACAGAAACGGAAACGCGACGGAUCAGAUUUGUGGUCAUGUUUGUGUUUAAUAUUUGUUCUUUAGUUUUUGGCCUGUGACAGGAGCAGGUCUGAGCUCCGAGUUAAAGACGAGGAGUUUUUCUCUCACGUUCUAACGAUGUUCCUCAUCACAAACCGUCUGAACAGGUUUUGUUUGAGUAAUCCAGUGAUCUCUCCCAGGCCUUGUUCAAACCCUCCAGUACGAGUCUGUACGAGGCUCCGCCCACAAAAACACGACACAAAACCUGAUGUUUGUGCAGGAGUUUCAUGAGUGCGACGCUCUGAAGGGGGAGCGACUUAGAGCGGAGAGCAAAGGGA